GCCAAAAAUAAACUAUGGCAGGCAAAAGUAUGUUAAAUAUUCACUUUAAUGUUUGUGUUUAAUGAUAAUUGUUGCAAAUGAGUUAUUUUGUUUUAUCUGGUCGUCCACACACUGAGCGCUGACUCUCCUGCGGUAACUUAGAAACGGCAGUAAACAAAGUCAUCGUUACAUCUACACAGACUUCCCGGAGGUAGACCCGGUUUGUUUUAGAGACCGAGGCUAACGACUGUCUGGUGUUUUCUUCCUUUUACUUACAAAUAGAUGUAAAAUAAUGAAUUUUACCCGCUCUUCGGUUCGCGGCAUUGAAGCGCUGCCCAACACAAGGAAAGUCCCUGGAACCCAAGCGACCUAAACACGCAGGGCUGGGGAGUAAUUGGAACAAAAAUGUCCAGAGAAAACUUGCUGCAGGUUCAGGUUCCAGAGAGAGAUUACAUCGUUUUGCCGGCUCCUUUAGUUGCGAGAAGCCAUGUGCAAAUUAUGGAUGACCGUUUAUCCAACCAGGAGAAAACCACCGCAACACUUCUAGAACAAGCUUUUCGGAUAAAAGACGACUUCAUUACUUAUUUGAGGGGAAACCAAGGCAACCUCACAGUGGAAAGAGCAUCCCAUCAGCUGUUAGAAAACCACAUACAAGUUAUAACCAGUAUCCUCCAACAACUCAGCACUGACAUAGAGAUCCUCGACCAACAGAUUAAAACAAGAGAUAAUGUGACCGCAGGAACUAGCUAUGCUGUUCUAAGUCUGGAUCAGAAGCAUUUGGUUGGUAUAGGGGACCUGCGUGGAAGAGUUGCCAGGUGUGAUGCCAGUAUCUCCAAGCUUGCUGGUGAUGUUAAUGCAAUCAGUUGUGAGAUACAGAAGGCAAAGAAAGAAAUUCAGGAUACUAAGACGUCUCUCAAAUUUCAGAUGAAAGAAUUGGAAGCAAAGGUGAUGCAACUACAGAUGAAAGUAGACAACUCUAAAUCUGAACAAAGUACAAAACUCAAGACUGUAAGAGGAGAGCAACAACAUGAACUUCAGAUUCUAGAUUUCAAGAUUAAUGCUGCACUGACUGAAGUACAUGCGCAGAUGCAACACCAGCAGGAAUGGACAGAGCAUAAACUGGAUAAAACACAGGAUGAACAAGGACAGCGCGUGGAUCGCUUAUUACAUCUCAUGCAAGAGAAAAUUGAUCUUGUAGAGAAGAAAAGACUGGAGAAACUUAAUCACAUUUCUGUGAGACUAGAAAAAUUAGAAGACAGCCAAAGUUUGGAAGCUGAAUUAACCAGAAAGAAAUAUUCUGACACAAAGAUGAAUGAAAAACUUGCCAAAGUGGAGAAGAAUAUUUGGCAUGAGUUGGAGAGCAUAAAGGAUGAAUACAGGGAAGGAUUUCAAUCCAUCAAGGAAUCAAUCAAUUCACUGAAUAAAAUCAGUGACAAGAAGAUAAAAAUGGACAAAGAGAAGGUUCAGAAGGACUUAAAACAAAUCAGACUGCAUAUAAAUGAUCUUAAAAAUUAUCCAGAAAAUUCUGUAAGACCUAAUUGAUAUCUUCAGCAAACCAUUUGAGUCUUUCAGAUGUCUUUUGCACAGCCUGUCGGCUUUGAGCUUUGCAUUUAUCUUGGUUCCAACAGCAAAAUAUGGUGCAAAAUUAAUAAUCAAACCUGGAUGGAUCAUGUACCCCUAAAAUGAAUGAAAUAAUGAAUGUAUUUCUGAUAAUAGACAAUAGUGCAGGAGUAGGCCAUUCGAGCCAGCACCGCCAUUCAAUGUGAUAAUGGCUGAUCAUCCCCACCCAAUCAGUACCCCGUUCCUGUCUUUUCCCCAUAUCCCCCGACCGCUAUCUUUAAGAGCCCUAUCCAGCUCUCUCUUGAAAGCAUCCAGAGAACCUGCCUCCACCGCACUCUGAGGCAGGGAAUUCCACAGACUCACAACUCUCUGGGAGAAAAAGUGUUUCCUCGUCUCUGUUCUAAAUGGCCUACCCUUUAUUCUUAAACUGUGGCCCCUGUUUCUGGACUCCCCCAACAUUGGGAACAUGUUUCCUGCCACCAGUGUGUCCA